GGCUGAGGCUGAGGUUCACUUUGAGACUGAGGCGGAGGCCGCAGCUGCAGCCGAGGCAUGGGAGAAGGAGCCGGAGCAGGAGGAGUACGCGGUGCAUGUUGCACCAGUCGGGCCGGUCGAGCCGGUCGAACUGAGGCCAUUGUUGUCCGCGGAACCGGAAUCGGACUUGCUUGAGACGGCGGGGCCUGAAUCGCUUUUGGAUUCCACUCAGAAGCGUGAGGCCGAACUCGAGGUAUCGGUGGAGGCAGCGGG